AUGGAGUUUCAAGACGACGAAAGCCCAUUGUUUUAUUCCAACGACGGAAUGCUGUCCGCUUCAGAUCUGUUUUUGUCGUCACCCGCCGACGUCGACGGUCUUGGGGGUACUGGUAAUGGUGCGACCAGCUUAGUAGGCCCUUUUGACGGUGCGAUGGUCUCUCCCGAAUGGAUGCGAUGCGACGUCGAACGGCCUGCGGCGACUCUUGGCGACGUGAUGAGCGACGCAAUGGGCGAUGCGAUGGGCGACGAGCGCGAAGGGGAUGCGAUUCUCUGCGAGCGACAGCAGUCGCUUGACCCGCUGACCGAGCUGCUGCCGUUUAGCACCGACGCGUUUGGCGGCUGCGGGGCCGCGUUGUUACCAGAAAGUAAUCCGGAAUUCGCGCUCCCGUCUGUUAGAGAUUCCUCUGAAAACAUGUCCGCCGAUAUCUACGUUCCUGCCGUGGCAGCCUGGUCGCACGAAGUCGCAGGGGAGUCGCAGGGUGUUAUGCAAACGAGGGGGAGAACGGACGAGUCGCCGAAUGUAGCAGCGGACGUUGACAAUAACGCCGUAACUUUUAGCAGCGCUGUUGACGGCGUCGUUCACGGCGCCAAAGGCGGUUCAAGCCUAGGGGAAAGGGUGCCGGUUGCGGAGUCGAGCCGCGGCCUCUCUGGCUCAAAACCUAUCACUGGCGACGCGAAACCUGUUACGGAACGACACGUAUCAUUUUCAGAUCCAUCCACCCCACAACAUACGGGGACUGCUUUUCGAGUCGGUCUUUCCUCCUCCGCGACUUUCACGCCGCUCUCCCUCCCUCCGCCAUCCCCGCUCAACCUCCCCUCCGCGUCCCCCCGACCACUUUCCGCUUCCUCCCCACUCUCCCUUCCCCCUUCCACUCUCCCCUCCGUCUCUCUUCCCUCCUCUCUCCCCCCUCCGUCCCCGCUCUCCCUCCCAUCCUCGUCGUCGCUCCCCCUCCCCUCGCCGUCCGAACUUUCCCUGGCUUCCGCUUCCCCCUAUCUGCACUACCGCGGGGUGCGCCAGCGCCCGUGGGGAAAGUGGGCGGCGGAGAUUCGAGAUUCUGCGAAGAGCGCGCGCGUGUGGUUAGGGACGUACUCCACGGAGGACGAAGCUGCUUUCGCGUACGACGCGGCGGCGCUCGCGAUUCGCGGAUCACGCGCGAGAGUGAACUUCGAAGGAAGUCGCGAAUACGCGGCGCAAUUCGCGGAUGUCUUGGCGAAAAACGGCGGGAAAGUCGAUCGACGGCUGCAGAUCGCGCUCGGGAUCGAGACGAUGAGGCUGAUUAGGGAAGGCGCGGCGAAACACGUGGCGAGCUUACAGAGUGCCACGUCGGAACUAUGCAGGCCGUUCAGGGGUUUGAGGUCACGGCGGAGGAAAGUAAGUGUUGGAGGAGGAAGCGCGGGGGCUAGUUGCGGCGGCAGCGCGGAGGAAGAGACUGGCAGGGGCAUCGACGGAAGCAUGGGAGCAGGCGGAGUUGUGUCGGCGGAAGAGGCGGAGUUACGGGGGAACGUUUCAGCUGAUGGGAAGGCACUGGGGGACCGUUUUCGGGGAUGGGGGAAGGGGGAGGCAGCUACACAGGCGGUUGGGGUUCGGACUCCGCUACAGUAA